AUUGCUACUAAUACUACUACUACUAAUAGUGUAUUUAGUUUGAAUAAUAUUAAUUUGAAAAUAAUGGACAAACAAUUUGUGGCAAUAGUCGGUAGUGUCGGCUCAGGUAAGUCAUCGAUACUCGAGUCGCUAUUCGGCGAAAUGCGACUAUUAUUAGGCAAAGUUAGUGUCGGCGGCGGUGGCGGCGGCCGAAUGGGUGGCCGAAAAAACAUAGCAUACGUUCCCCAACAGCCGUGGAUACAGAAUGCAUCAGUUAUGGACAAUAUAUUGUUUGGCAAACCAUUGGACAACGGACUGUAUCGUCGGGUAGUAGUCGGCUGUGCACUGGAACAGGAUCUCAGACAACUAUCGGCCGGCGAUCAGACAGAAAUUGGCGAAAAAGGUAUCAAUUUAAGCGGCGGUCAAAAACAACGAAUCAGUUUGGCUCGGGCUGUAUAUUCCGAGGCCGAUAUUUAUCUGCUGGACGACCCUCUAAGCGCAGUGGACAGUCAUGUCGGUAAACAUCUAAUGCAUGAAGUGUUAGACUCGAGGACAGGGCUAUUGAAAAAUAAAACCCGAAUUCUGGUAACCAAUCAAUUGUUUGUAUUACCUGAUGUCGAUCUGAUUGUUUGCCUAUCGGAUGGCAAUAUAAUAGCAAUCGGUUCCUAUGAUUAUCUAAUUAAUGAAAACAAAAUGUUUUCCGAUUUAGUCAAACAAUAUUCAGUUUAUCUAAAAUACGCCAAACAAAUGUCGAUAACGUUGUCGACGCUUACGAUUAUAUUUCUAAUCAUAUCGUUUGCUGUGACCAUUGGCAUCAACUUUUGGCUGAACACAUGGAGCCAACAACAACMCCAACACCAACAACAACAACAUAACGSUACUCAUCAUACGGUACACUCAAACGGCUAUUAUUUAGGWAUAAUAGCCGCACUGACCGUCGGUCAGAUGAUGACACUGAUUGUCGGUAGGUUUGCAUUGGUUUUCGGUKCGCUGUUGGCGUCSACMCGAAUGCACGACAAACUCUUAUGGUCUGUAAUGCGAUCGCCGAUGAAGUUCUUCGAUACGACACCAUUGGGYCGUAUAGUCAACCGGUUUAGCAAAGAUAUCGAUACCUUGGAUACAGUCACUGAAUUUACAUUCAGCGAAACAUUAGACGGUUUACCCAGUAUUAGAGCUUAUGGAUGUAUGGAUCGAUUUAUUGGUCAUAUGGACACACUWAUMGAUACUAACCAACGGUGCCAAUAUUCAAGCACAGUAGUCAACAAUUGGCUACAAAUCCGUUUGGAUUUUAUAUCCAGUUUACUGAUACUUUGUGCUUCACUGUUGAUAAUAUUGAAACGCCAGUCGCUUAGCGGCGGCGAUACCGGUAUGUCAUUGUCCAAUAUUACCGGACUGUCGUAUGCSGUCGGCCUAAUGGUCAGAUUGUUUACACAAUUGGAGACAAGUAUGGUAUCGUUUGAACGUUUAGAUGAAUACUGUCAGCUUGAAUCGGAAGCUAAUAAUACUAGUCAGCAACCAUUAUUGCCAGACAACUGGCCAACCGAUGGCUGUAUUGAAUUCAGACAGUAUAGUACCCGCUAUAGACAGGGAUUGGAUUUAGUGUUAAAUCAAAUCGAUAUUCGUAUCAAUUCUGGCGAAAAAAUCGGAAUAGUUGGCCGAACCGGUGCUGGAAAGUCGUCGCUAACGCUGGCAUUGUUUCGACUGAUUGAAUCGGUAUCGGGUCGGAUAGUCAUCGACGGUAUCGAUAUCAGUCAAAUGGGUCUACCGCAGCUCAGAUCUAGGCUAACAAUCUUACCACAAGAACCGGUACUCUAUACGGGAACCGUACGUUCAAAUCUGGAUCCGUUUGGCAACUGUUCGGACACUGAAUUGUGGUCAGCGUUAGAUCGAUCGCAUCUGAAAUCGUUUAUCCAAUCAAACGAUUCCGGUCUGGACUAUCUGGUCACCGAAGGUGGCGAUAAUUUUAGUGUCGGUCAACGUCAGCUGAUAUGUCUGGCCCGGGCUUUACUACGCAAUACACGUGUGCUUAUCCUAGACGAGGCCACGGCUGCCGUCGACGUGGAAACCGAUUCGCUAAUACAGCAAACAAUUCGCAAACAUUUCCGAUCGGCUACCGUACUGACCAUAGCUCACCGAUUGAACACAAUUAUGGAUUCAGAUCGUGUACUAGUCCUGGAUAAGGGACGGGUAGCCGAAUUUGAUACACCAAAUAAUCUACUAAAUAAUGACAAAACUAUUUUCUAUUCACUGGCCAAAGAUGCGGCAAUUAUUUAA